AUGCCCAAGAUUCGCAACUCCGUAUCGCGAACAACACGCUUCCGGCGAUAUCCAUAUUCACAUCUUCCGGAACGAGCACCUCUCCCUGAUCUGGUAGCUUUGCAUGAAAAUGGAACUUUGUUUUCGGAUCCGAGGGCGAUGACCGAGAGCGCUAUAGAGGAGGAAAUUGCUGGAACUCUGAAACUUAAGUCAAGGAGCGAGUUUAAAGCACAACUUCAUCCUCACCCUCGACCCUCUAAUCUAGAGUCCCAAACCGAAGAAGAUGAACUCCCCAGCUCAGAAAUUGGACACAAUACAUCCUCGCAUCUCCCAGCAGACGAACACCUUACCUAUCCACUUACUCCCUCAAACCCCCACCCCAACAUCCAAGAUAAUCACUUUCUCUCUUCCAAUCCCUCCACCCAAGCAAAAUCAAACUCGAUAUCUCCCUACUCCCUCCACCAACGACGUCGCGGACUCCCCAAUCUCCGCGUCAUCACAUCGUCUACUCAUCUAGCCGAGUUGAGAAAUAGAAAUCUCAGUAACCCAUCGGCGAAAAUCUCUCUUCUUGGGUUAAAGCAGAGAGAACUGGAGACCCAAGCAUCACAGACACAGCAAAAUCUUCGCUUCCAAAAUCCCAUCUCUGAAUCCCAAAUGCACAGAAAUAAUGGGAAGGAUCAAGAGAGGAAAUAUCACACUCGCAAAACCCGCAAUCACUAUGUCCCCACUCCUCCCAGGAAACCAGGAAAAAUACGCUCGCGCACAAAUGUACCUCCUCAUCCUCGCACGCGCUUCUCGUUCACAUCCGAAUCUCCAGAUCCAUCGCAAUAUAUGUGCAACCCAGGAAUCAUUUCCUCAAACCGCAUAGCUCCAUCUACCCUCUCAUCCUCCCUCCCACCCCCACAACUCCUCCCACCUCCCCUCUCCAACCCCCUCACGCCCACGCAAUACAUUUCCGCCAUCCUCUCUCUACGCGCCUCGACCCGCAACCCGGACCAUUUCCCCUUACCACCUGGUAUCCAACUCCUUCAAAAUUUUCCGCAGGAAAAUAAGAAGAAGACGACGAAGAUGAAGAGGAUAGGGGAAAAAGAAAUUAACUUCCUCGCGUUGCAAAUGGAGCAGGUGGAAGAUGCGAUACGGCUUGAGGGGGCGCCAGAGGAGGCGAGAGAGGUUUACUAUGCGCAGUUUGCGAGGGGGGAGUAUUGA